UAUCGGCAGACGGCAGAUAGCAGAUAGAUCCACAGCUAGAUUCGCAAACCCAACUUUCCUUCUUCAACCAUCCUUCCUUUCUGUUACGUUUUUUCUCUGUUCACGCAGUCUUUCACGCAGAGAAGUCGUAUCUAUCUUCUCACAUACUCAUAAAUAAUAAUAAUAAUAUAAUAUCGCCCAGAAACUGUUUGACAAAAGUACACAACAAAUUUAGCGUAAACAGGAAUUCAUAUCUUCCUUGCUAUUACUAUUCACCGUUCCAACGCCACCAUGGAUUCGCUCUCUUCGGUCUCGCCUUCUUUAGUUCUACCGCCGAGCAACUCGCUCUGUUCGCGGCGGCGUCGGCUCGAUUUCUCGCCGUGUGGCUUGAGGAUUGGUUGUGGAAGCCGUCGUCUGUAUUCUCUGUUUGGAUUGCCGUGCUCGCCGGAGCCUUGCGGGAGAAGAUGGAGACGCGGCUUUUCUAGCAAAUUGGGAGGUGGCGGAGCGGCGGAAUAUGAGGAGGAAAACGGCGACGGGAGCGAGGAGGUGGAAAGGGCGCUUCACUUGGACGGGACAAUUCCGGGGACUUCGGACGAGUUCGUGAAGAGAGUCUCGUCCCGCGCCUACGACAUGCGCCGACAUCUCCAACAAUCGUUUGACAGCAGCAGCUAUGAUGUAUUGGAGGCCAAUCCGUGGAGAGAUACUUCAAAGCCUGUAUAUGUACUGACCCAAAGGGAAAACCUGUUGUGUACGAUGAAAACCCGAAGAAAUCGCAGCGAAGUCGAAAGGGAGCUCGGACAGUUGUUUUCGCAAGGAGGAAAAUUGAGAUCUGGGAUCGGAAAUCAGACUAAACAAUCAAGAAGUGGAUCGAAGUUUCAGAUGCUUGUGGAGGAUGUUAGGGAAGGAGUGCUUGUAUUUGAAGACGAGAACGAAGCUGUAAAAUACUGCGACUUGUUGCAAGGAGGAGGCAAAGGUUGUGAAGGUGUUGCAGAAAUAGAGGCCUCAUCGGUAUUCGAUCUUUGCCAGAAUAUGAGAGCUCUUGCAGUGCUCUUUCGCCGGGGGAGAACGCCUCCUCUACCUCAAAGCCUCGAAUUAAAUCUGAGGGCCCGCAAGCGAUCUCUGGAAGACCAAGAGGACUUGAUUUGAAGUCUUUAAUGUGGUUGAAGUUGCAAUAUGUACAAGAAGCUGUUAUUCAAGAGGAUGGCUAUAAUACUGCAAUAUAUACUAACCUGAAUUUGUAAUAUAUUUACCUUGUGAACGAAAAAAGAAAAGAAAAGAAACUGCUGGUUACGAUUCACCAGUCGUAUGGUAUUAAAUUUCACAGCUAAAUUUAUGAUAUAUUCUACGUGGUGUAUAAUUGUAUAUGUCACCACUUUCUUUUUUUUUGGUCUACUCUUACACGCCAGAUUUUCUUUCUAGAAAGAUGACGUAUUCGGAUAGUCCUAUUUUCCACAUUGCACGCACAGAUAAACAUAAAUUCAUU